UCCCCCGGCGUCUUCCUCCCCCGGCAUCUUCCUCCCUCGGCAUCUUCCUCCCCCGGCAUCUUCCUCCCUCGGCAUCUUCCUCCCGCGGCAUAUUCCUCUCCCGGCAUCUUCCUCCCUCGGCAUCUUCCUCUCCCGGCAUCUUCUUCUCCCGGUGUCUUCCUCCCCCGGUGUCUUCCUCCCGCGGCGGCUCCCGAGCCCCGGCACCCUCCGGCUGCGCCCAUGCUGAGCACGGAAAGUUUCGCAGGGCCGAGAGCCCUGGGAGAGGAAUCGCUGCAGAUGUGGGACCUCAACAAGCGGCUGGAGGCGUACCUGGCCCGCGUGAAGUUCCUGGAGGAGGAGAACGAGGUGCUGCGAGCUGAAAUCCAGAGCAGCAGGAGCAGCCCGGCCGGGGAGUCGCGGCGGGCCAAGUACGAGGAGGAGCUGCGAGCCCUGCGGGAUGCGCUGGAUCUCGCCUUCAGGGAGAAGUGCACGGCCGAGCUGGCCAGGGACAACCUCUACGAGGAGGUGCAGCAGGUGAAAAGCAGGUGCCAGAAGGAGCAGGCAGCCCGAGAAGAAGCGAAGAAGCGGCUGUCCUUGAGCAGGAAGGAGCUGGAGGAGGAGAGGAGAGCGCAGAUCUGGCUGAAGGAGAGAGCUGUGCAGCUGGAGAAGGAGGUGGAAGCCUUGCUGGAGGUGCACGAGGAGGAGAAAGCGGGGCUGGACCAGGAGAUCGCCAGUUUCUCCCACAGCCUGGAGAGCUUCCGCUGUGCCCCGGUGGCUUUCCAGCCGGUGGAGGUGGAGGAUUACUCCAAGAGACUCUCGGAGAUCUGGAAAGGGGCGGUGGAGACCUACAAGACGGAGGUGUCGCAGCUGGAGGGUUUCCUCUGCCAGGCCAAGGAGAACCUGUGGAAGGCGGUGGAGGACAACCAGCAGAGCCAGCUGCAGCUGCAGCACCUGGAGAAGGACCUGGCGGGGCUGAAAGCACGGAAGGAGAUGCUGGAGGAGAGCCUGGCCCGGCAGUGGCAGGAGCAGCGCGGGGAGGCAGAAAAGUUCCAGCUGGCGAUGGAGGCGCUGGAGCAGGAGCAGCGGAGCCUGCGGGCGCAGAUCGCCCGGGUGCUGGAGGACAGGCAGCAGCUCAUGCACCUCAAGAUGUCCCUGAGCCUGGAAGUGGCGACCUACAGGACGCUGCUGGAAGCGGAGAGCACCCGCCUGCAGAUGCCCGCCGGGGAAUUCAGGUUGGCCAGCGGUGUGCGAGAUCUCAAACUGGAGGUGAGCGGCAGCAGCGGCAGCAAACUGGUGCCAGCGAGCCCCGAGAGCAGGCGGCUGCUGCCCCGGGAGCGCUGCGCCAGUCCCUCCGCCUUCCCCGGGGCACAGCCCCAAAGAGACACGCUGAGCCCCAAAAGCCGCGGUGCCGGGGAGCUGCAGAAAAUCACCGCAGUCCUCCACGGCACGGCCAGCGGCCGGGCUGGGGGGCCGGGAACCCCCGGCUGCCCCACGCCCAGCCCGGCCCGGGCGGGCAGAGCCGCCCCUCCGCUCUCCCCGGAGCCCCCCGGCCCCGCAGCGCCGGGGCAGGAGAGCUCCGCGGGAGCGGGUCCCGCCUGGCCGGGAGGAGACGGGGCGGCGCUGAGCCCGGGCACGGAGCGUGCCCUGUCCCGAGGCUCGGGGGACGCCGGCGGCGCCAGCCCGGGAGCCGCCGGCGGGCUGCGGUACCCGGCCCGGCUGGUCAGCGAGGCGCUGGAGGACGCGCUCAAGGCGAUGGGAGACGGUGCUCGGCCCGAAGAGGAGCCCGCGGGCAGCUCCAUGUGGGAUCUCUGUGCCCCCAGCCCCGUUUUGCCCCCCGAGGCUCGUGGGGAGGCUGGGCCGGAGGGGCCUGGGGGAGAGCGGGAUCCCUCCGAGGGCUCUGAGGAUGGCGAGAGCCCCCAGGCAGAGCAGAGGGGUGGGGAGGCCGUGCUCCAGGGGCUGGAUGUGGGGAGCAGCAUCCUGCAGGACACAGCCGGGGCCCUGAGUGCCUCGGCCAGCCGGGAAGAUCUGGGAGCGUGGGAGGAGGAGGAGGAGGAGGAGGAGGAAGAGGAGGAGGAAGAGGAGGUACCUGCUGUGCUGAGCCCAAGAGAUCCAGAAGUGGAGGCUCAGGAAAGGGACAAGGGUCCUGCUGGGCAGACAGUGAGCAGCUGGGAAAAGCCAGAGCAGGAAAGGACAGAGACCCAAAGCACAGAGCCUUCACACCCCUCAGAGGAGGAGGAGGAGGAGGAGAGGGCACCCUGCAGCCCCUGCGAGGAGAAAGGAGAUUUCCAGGGAGAAGGACCAGAUGUGCAAGAAGAGGAGUGUCCACGCAGAGAAGUGGAAGCUGCUGGUGCUGUCCUUGUGCAAAGCCACCUGGUUUUGCCUACAGAAGGUCACCUGGAAGAGGACUUUGCUGAUGCAGAGCAGGAAAGGUCCGAGCAGCAGAAGGUGCUUGUGUGUGAGAUGGAUUUGACUGCAGAGAAGGAAAGGGGACAGGAGCUGGGUCCAGAGCUGAAGCCCUCGAGUGUCCAUGAGGCCAUCCCAGCAGAGGAGGCUUCCACAGGAGCUGAAGAAGAUGCUGUGGGAUGGGAGGACAUGGGCAGAGUGGAAGAUGGUGAGGGAGAAAAGGGAGAGGCCAGCAGGGAGGUGCUGGGAGAAGAUCGUGGGGUAGGGCAGGACCCCAUGGCAGGAGAGGACCUCACAGCAGGAGAAGACCAUGGGGCAGGAGAAGACCAUGGGGCAGGACAAGAUCAUGGGGCAGAAGAGCAAGGAGUAGAAGACUCUGAGGCAGAAGAAGAGCAAGGGAUAGGAGAAGACUCUGAGGCAGGACAAGACCAUGGGGCAGGAGAGGGCUCCAAGGAAGGAGAACACCGUGGGGCAGAAGUCUUUGAGGCAGGAGAAGACCAUGGGGCAGGAGAGGCUGUGGGAGGUGCCACCCUGGAGAGGGAGAGCAGAGCCCCAGAGGACCCCGAGGACCUGCAGGAAAGAGAGGGGGGAGAACAGGAGGAGGAGGAGGAGGAGGAGGAGCGCUGGGGACAGGGGGAUGAUGGCCAAGAGCCCUGUCCAGAGGACUGGGAGGUGACAGCAGAGGACACUGAGGGAGUUUUGGGGCCAGAAGAGCCAGCCUGGGCAGACGACACCCCGAGCAGCGCAGGAGGGCUGCACAGCGAGGAGAGACACGGCACAAGGCCAGCAGAGCUGGAGGAAGGCCAGGAAGAUGAUGAAGACGAUGCCAAGAGCCAGGAGAUGAACCAGCAGUGGGCACUGCCAGAGGCUGAGCCAGCAGCGGAGCUGGCACGGCAGGGCAGCGUGGCAGAGCCCGACCCAGCCCCUCCAGGUGCCCACGAGCAGGGGCACAGGCAGGAGCCGGCCGAGGCUCCGGGGGAGGCGCAGGAGGAGGUGCAGGACGAGCUGCAGGACGAGCUGCAGGACGAGCUGCAGGACGAGCUGCAGGACGAGGCGCAGGAGGAGGCGCAGGAGGAGGUGCAGGACGAGGACACCACCGAGAGGCUCAGCUCAGGGCUGGGGAAGCUGCAGAGCUCAGAGCUGCUGGCACUGAAGCAGGUGCCAGGUGCCAGUGGCGAGUGGGCACUGGAGGAAGCCCCCAGGGACCUGGAGCCCACCGCGGGCAGCGGCAGGAGGCUGGAGCUGGAGGACGCGCUGCCGGAGAGCACAGCCCCACACCUCUGCACAGGGGAGGUGCUGGUUGUGGGGGCACCCAGCCCAAACCCUCCCGAGAGUGAGGAGACCUCGGAGACGGCGCCCGUGGGUGGCACAGCUCGGCAGGGUGAAGGGUGGCUGCAGGGGAGGGACAAGCCCCCGACUCCCACCGUGCCAGACAGCCCCGGGGAGGAGGCAGGGGCAGAGGGGGCUGAGGAGGAGGAAGGGUAUUUCAUGGUCUCUGCUCCCAGCCAAGAGGUGUCCAGCUCAGAGGAAGCUGAGAUCUCCGAGGACUUUGAAGAAAUUAAAGUUGAAGCGACUGAAGGCAGCCGAGAUGGUCUGAGGGCUCCUGGAGAAGCAUCCCCAGUGCCAGAGGGCAAAGAGCACCUCGAGGUGCUUGCUGCGGAAGCAGAUGAGGAUGUGGAGAUGCCCGCUGAAGAAUCUGAGGUGCCAAGGGAUGAGGACAGCACUGCUGAGCUGGAGGAAGGCCCAGAAGAAGAUCCCAGCUGUGUCGGGGUGCUGGCAGGAGGUCCUGAUGAGCCAGCCCAGGCUGCCACAGGCGCUGAGGCAUGGGAGACACCAGAGCCCUCAGCAAGUCUGGCUGCUGAAUCUGUGGAGCUCCAGCACACAGCCGAGCUGGAGAGGGAUGCCAGCGGAGCAACAACCCCCCCGGGCUGCACGCUGGGCUUGGCAGGGCAGCAGGGGCAGGAGGAAGAUGAGGAUGAGCCCGGCACGGCUCUCCGUGACACGGCCAAGGCCGCCCCUCCAGCAGGGCUCCAGGCGGUGCCCGGUGGAGCAGAGCAGCCUCUGGAAGAGCAGGCACCCACGGAGGAGGAGGCACUGGGCACUCAGAGCCUUCCUCCCCCCGGGAACGAGCCCCCUGGGGCCAGCCCCCCUGAGCUGGGCCCUGCGCUGGGGCAGGGAGGUUUUGCAGAGGAGAUUCCGGACGUCCCUGGCGCGGCUGCUCUCCCCGCAGAGGUGCCGGCGGAGCUCAUGAAGGACUCGGAUAUUCUGGAAAUAGUUGAGCAGGCCCUGGAAUACAACCAGGAGCUGAUGGGGGCGAGGCUGGCGGAGGGUGGGCAGGGUCCUGGCAGGACCGAGCUCCCCCGGGAUGCAGGGGAAGAGUCCUGGCCUGGCUCAUCCAGCGAGGAGGAGCCAACGGUGCAGGAGGCAGCGGAGACGGAGGCUGAGAACCGGGCUGAGAACGGGCUGCACCGCGAGGCCAGUCUGGAAGACCUGGCCGAGUUCCCCGAGGAGGUGCUGAACGGCAUCACCAGCACUGCCCCGCCUCAGGAGCUGCCCGCGGGCACCACAGAGCCCGCGCUGGGGAUGCCACCGCAGGCGCCCAGCCCCGGAGAUGGCACCCUGAGGGGGAAGCGUGGCGCAGCCGAGCCCAGCGCCGUGCCCCCUGCUCUGGGGGAGGAUGUCCUGUGCCUCCCAGCCGAGCAGCCCCCAGCGUGCCAGCUCAGGGCUGAGCAGCAGCCCUGGUCCUCAGGGGACGAGUGACAGCGGCCAGGAGCAUCCUUCUGGUAGCCCCCUCCCUGCCCAAACCCAGCACCUCCACUCGUCCCACCCCCCUCCUGAUGCCUCCCUGUCUCCUCGAGGUUUUUGACAUGUUUGUGUGGAUUUUUUGCACCCUUUCUCAGAGUGAAGGAGCACCAAGCUGCCCCCCUCUGCAGCCCACCCAAAUUCGCAUGCUUGCUCUGGGAGCCCCGCUUCAUUUGGAGUUUCCUCUUGGGUGGGUUGCCGUGGCUGUAUUUAAUUUAAACUCUGUGUUUCUCCAUUCCCUGCAAUCUCCCCCCUCCAACUCCCCCAGGAUUUGUCCCAGAGGUCCAACUGGAGGUUAGGGACCCCCCCACCAAACUGCACCCUGGCACUCAGCAUUUUGGGGCUACAUCACCCCAGGGUCCCCAGCCCCGACCCGACACUGGGAGCUGAGCCACACUGGAUGGAUCCACUGCCUCGACAUUAAUUUAAUAAAGCCUCAUCCUCCCA